AUGCGGGAGCAGUUCCGGGAGCAAUACCACAAGAGCCCCGUGCUGUUCCCCUUUGCGAUUGGCUCCAUUGCCCUCGUAGCCGGCAUCUGCGUCUUGUACAUACCGUGGUACUACAAGAACGUCAUCAUCAAGCCCUACCACAACUUCCCCGAGCCCGUCGCAAAGAAGCUGCGCAGAGCUCUCUUCUACAGCCGCGGCCAAUGGCUCGACAUCCGCGAAGCCAACAAGCACUUCCGCCAGGCGCUGGCCCUCGCCGACGAGAUGGGCAUGGAUCCCUUCAGCGACGAGAUCAUGGGCGUCAAGUACACCAUCGCCGCCCUGUUUGAGGAUGCGGGAUACUACAGUCUGGCUAUCGAUGUGCUGGAGAUUAUGCGCAAUGAUUGCCAGAAAUGGGUCGACGAGUUCUCGGAUAGACACUGGACGAAUGGGAAUAGAAGCAGGGUGAAGAAGAACAUGGUGCAGAUCAAUCUGAAGCUGGGCCAACUUUACGAUGUGAGAUAUGUCAACGAGCCUGAGAACGGAGAGAAGAGACUGGUGGAGGCGGUUGAGAGCGCACUCAAGGAACAACAAAGACGGGAGAAGGAGGGUGUCAAGAACGGCGAGGGGCCUUGGCUCACCAACGAUGAGAUGGGCGGCGUACUCGAAGCUCUCGGAACACACUACGAACAGUUCGACUCGCACUACCUCGCCGCACCCCUCUUCGUCAAAGCCCUCCAACUCUGCCCACCCACCUCAUGCCACAGCGUCGUCCUAAUGAACAACAUAUCCACCUGCCUAGCGCAACAAACCCCGCCCACCUCCUCCAACGCAAUAACCAUGUCCCCCGCCCCCACCUCCUUCCCCGUCACAAACUCCGCCCCGCGGUCCCUCGCCAUCGACCAAGCACGGCAAUGGGCAGAACGAGCCCUCGCCCUCUCCGCCCAGAUCGAAGGACCUGAACGGAAUGAAGAGUGCGACAUGGGUUGUGCCGUCGCGACGCAUAACCUAGGCGAGUUCUUCGAAAUGGAAGGCAAGAUUGGGGAGGCGAAGAGGAAGUACGAGGAAGCGGCAAGUUUGGCGAAGAAGAUGGGGUUUAGCGAGGGGGUGUCGAAUGCGAGGGCGGGGGUGAAGAGGUGUAGGGAUGUGGAGAGGAAGGGUUGA